AUGAGAUCAUUUAUUAAAAGGAAAAAUGAUAAUAAUAUACCUCAUCAAAAUGACUCACAAAAUGAUUCGAAUAUGACAUCUACUGGAGUAUCUAACCUCAAUUUAGUUCAUUCAAAUUUCCAACCUCCAAUAAAUUAUUACAAUCUGAGAUCAACUCCAUUAUCAUCACCAAAAUCUUUGAACUUUGCACAAUUUACUCCUCCACCAUCACAUCAUAGUAGUAACACAACAACAAAUGGUAUGGGAUCUCCUAAAAAAUUAUUAACUCCAAUAAAAAACUUAUUUUCUUCAAAUAAAUCAACUACCAGUUCUCCUUCAUCAAAUGAUAACUUACAAGAUAUUUUACAAAGUAAUAGCAAUACACCUAAUAAAUAUUCACCAAAAGAUUCCAAGACUUCCAGAUUUAGAAAACAUAUAAGAAGUAAAAGUAAUAAUAAUAUUUCAAGUUUAAAUGAUUUUAAAAAACUACCCGAGGAUUUACCACCUGCUCCAAAUACUUAUAAAAUUGUUCAACCUUCUAUGUCUUCACCUUCUUUACAUGAUUUACAAUUAUUCAAUACAUCAAAGUCUCAAGCUCAACAACAAUCACAAUAUCAACGACCUCAUCAAUCAAAACAACAACCAACUAAUGCACGAUCCCAGACAUAUCAAAAUUUAACUAACACAAGCCAAGAACCAAUCUUCUCAGUAAAAGUGCCGAUAAAUCUAGAACCAUCAAAUAAUUUGGGCCCACCAAUAGACUUAUCAAAUGAUAAUUUCAGUAAUAUAUCACUACCAGAAAGUAAAAAUAAUUUUUAUACAAAAGAUGUUUGUUUUGAUCCUGCAUUAAAUUCAUCAAUUGAAGAUAAAGAAGAAUUCAAAACUGACCAUACAAGUUAUUCAAAUGAAUCACAAAAUGACGAUCACGAAGAAGAAGAUGAAGAAGAAGAAGAAGAAGACAACACAUCACAGUUCUCAUUUGUACAAGAUAUGAAAAAUGGUAGAAAUACAUCAGUGAAAUACUACAAGACCAAGAAUGAUUCGACCACCAAGGCAAUUUCAAAUAACAAGAUAGUUCAAUCUACGUUUGAUGAACAAGAUUUAGGUUACGAAGAUGAAGAGCUUUCAGAUUAUGAUUUUGAAAAUAAUGGAGAAUGUGUAGAUGAUAUGGAAGAUUAUGAUUAUGAUGAUGAAUUCCAAGGUGGCAAUAAUGCUUAUGAUGAUAUGUUUAACGAUAAUGAUAAAAGUUUUAAUGAUCAAGACGAGGAUUUAACUCCAAAACAAUUAGUUUUUGAUGACGAAGUGGUACAGCAUCAAGACGAAGGUCCAGAUUAUUAUGAGUUAAGUAGGAUAGAAGAAGAAGAAGAAAUUUCAAAAUUGUAUUUCACAAAUGAACCAUUGGUCAAAUUAACAGAACCACCAGUAUCAUCAGACUCAAAAUUUGAAGAAUUUAUCAAAAAUCGAUCAUUUCCACCUAAUAAAGUUUUUAAUGCAUCACACCAUUUAUCAAUUCAAGGCACAUCAUUAAAUUCAUCAACUAUAUCAAGUCCAAAAUGUUCAGAUUUAGAAGAAGAAGAAGAUAUACUAGAAAAUUACUUAGAGUCAGAUUCAACUACUACUACCAAGAAUAAUCAAAACCAGAGAAAUAAUUCCACUAUAAAUUCAUUCAUAUCACCAAAUUUAGAUCAAUCAGAAACAUUUGAGUUAUUUUCAUCUUCAAAAUUAAAUAGUCCCUUGAUUAACGGAGUUACAAUUGGUAACAAUCUAAGACACCGAAAUAAAUCAAAUGACAACAACAGAUCAUUGAUUAAUCGCGAUCCAAUAGUCAUACAAAAUAAAGAAGAGAGAAUUGUAAGUAAUGAACGUAUUGCUUCAUUUCAUCAAUCUUUUGAUGAGAAAUUGAAUUUCAAAAUUGGUGAAAAGGUUGAAGAAUUUGAUAAUUGGCAAAAAGAAAUAUUUAAGAAAGAGAAGUUUAAUAAUAAUGUCAAGGCUAGUAAUGAUUCAAUCAAAGAUAACGGAAUUUGGAGUCAAGAUCAUUCAACAAAGAAAGAAGAUAGCAUUAAUAGAGAAUCAAUAUUAGGCAUGAUGAAUUUCCUAAAUUCUGUAGAAGAUCAAUCAAUAAUAAACCAAAAACAAAGUCCCAAAACUGAAAUUGAGAACAAAGAUGUUGAAAACGACUCAAACAAACUAAACAGAUUUGACCUGAUCUUAUCCAGAAACUCAAGUAAUAGAAGUUAUAUGCAACAACAUAACCAUAAAAAUGUUCCAUAUAAUCCAAAGUUUGCAAGAUCGGAAUUUAAUCUAAAUCAUGAGUUAAGUGGUGAAUGUUUAGAAAUGAGGAAGAAAUCUUUAAAGCGGUAUUCUUGGUUUAGUGAUUCUGAAGAGAUCUCAUUGAAGAAUUUAGGUGGGUUGAAUAAAUCAGAGAAUUCAUUUGUCAAAACUAAAGAGUUAAUAAAUGAAAAUGACGAAGAAAUGAAUCAAGAGUUGGUAUUCAAUAACAAUGAUUUCGUUAGUUUAAAUAAUGAUUAUGAUCAAGAUCAUGUUGAUAAAUUGUUGGAUGAAAUCAAUGAAAUGCCAAAUGAUGAAUACUAA